GAUAAUUGUGUUUCUGUAACGGGCGUUCUGCGCCGUAAUGCGUAAAGAAAGUGAAGCAAGUGACUGCCGCUUGCCGCUCUAGUCCCUUGAGGGUACUCAUUAGAAGACACGUGAUGUGUACUCGGAGUAGGCAUGUGACGCGUCUCAAUACCCUACGAUAUCGCCGUCUUGCAUCAGUCUGCUGACACUACACCACUGCAGUACUUCUAGUGCUUUAUUUUCGAGAGUUCGAGACAUGGACAGAACCAAGCGUAGAGAGGAGAGAACUAGGACUAGACCGGAGAGCAGCAUCGUAGGCGUCUAUCACUCGCGUGGAUCUCCACCGGUCAUUUCUGCCUCUCUGUCUGCAUCGGUACCGGUACAACAAGAGCGAACAAUUGCUACCCCUUUGCCUGUAGCCAGCCGCCUGAUUUGUCGGCGAACGGCAUCGCUAGAGAUUCGUCAAGACGGUGAUACCGCGAAUGCCAAAAAGGAUGCUCUUGCUAUACCACCACCACCACUGCGCAGAUAUUCGGACGACAGCAUCCCUUCAAAUCUGAUUCAUUCUAGUUCAAGACUGACUCAUUCUGAGCAUCGAAAUAGUCCUCCGACUACUUCUUGCAUUCGAAGAAAGUUGAAGUCAAACGAAGAAUCCAUUCACUUGCUUCCUCUCACUUGCGGAGGAAUGACCGGAAGUCAUUUUACCGGUACCGGCGACUCAAAUGGACAACUAUCACGUUCGCAUCUAAAAGGCUGGCAACAAUUGGAACAAGAACGGCCAAGAUUUCGACUAACGCCAUUGGAGACGAAGCAAUACUGCCACACAGGGCAGGGAGGUAGUCGCAAAUACGGACAACAAGCGGGAACAGGCGGUCAGACGAGCAGUUCCAGUUCGGAGUCUAACACUACUGUCCUACAGUUGCCUAAACUUUGGGACCCUACUGCGAGAAAACUGUCCAAGUCCGUCAUGGAUUUCAAGAAGUACUGCGGAUGUUCAGAAAAUAUUUGUGCGCUGAACUCAAAGCUAGACGACCUGCUGCAUAACUAAUGUACAUGCAUGCUUGUUUCUGCUAUAGAGUAAAUGUAGAACUCUAUUGUAGAUAAUGUCAGAUAAUGUGGUGCUUGAAUUGUAAGUAAUCUGCAUGGCCAGCCACGUAAACCAUGCAGCUAUCUAGGCUUUAUAAAAUGUUUAUCAAAGAUAAGUUGAAUUACGCAACAAUUCAAUUCUAUA